AUGGCAGAUUUCUCUUUUCUUUCUGAUAAUAGCGACAAUGAAAAAGCAGUAGAUGAACUCCUUUCUCAAGAAAUGGACCAAUCUGUCCUUGAACAAGUUGUUGCUAUAAACUGCUCUGGCUUUACUGACUCUCUCCUCCCCACUCAGCUCGAAACUCGCUUUCGCAAACUCAAAUCCUUUCCAAUAACAUCCUCAAAACCUGAUACUCUCACAAAAAGUUCCAGAAGUUUCUGUUCCUCAGAGUUCCCAAAAACCAAGAAAAGUUAUGAUGAUGAUGACAAUGAGAAAAUUGAAGGAACCCCAGUUGAGGAAAAGGGUUCAGAAGUGAAUUUGGGACAUGGGUUUGUUCAAGAAAAUGAUGUUUAUACAAAAACACCAGUUCAUUCGAAUAAAGAUUAUGUUUUUACAAAAUCCACAGAUGGAAAAAAGGGGGAAAAGUCAAAAUCUUUGUCUGGUUCAAUGUCAUCAGAUUCUUGGGAAUUUUCAAAGGAUUGUUUGUCUCCACCCUCUAUUUUAUAUUUGUGUUGUCCGGUAAUUUCUUCCAUUCUAAUGCAACCGCAGCUUAUCCGUUAUCCAUAA